AUGGCACCCAACCAGCCGCAGCAGAAAAAUUUCUCCUACCUUCCAAAAAUUAUGAAUGGUGGUUUGGCUGGAAUCAUUGGAGUGUCGUGUGUUUUCCCCAUCGACUUGGUUAAAACUCGACUUCAGAAUCAGACGGUUGGAAAGAAUGGAGAGGUUCAGUAUAAGGGAAUGUGAGUUUUUUAGAAGAUUUCUUGAAUUCUGAAAAUAAUUAAUCGAUUUCAAUGUUCUUUUUGAAGUUUGAGAUCAGUAUUUUGUUAAAUUUUUAUAUGAAAAAUUAAUUUUGCAUAUUUUUUUGAAGUGUAUUAGAUUAUCUAAUUUUUUAAAUCAUAGUUAGAAUAUUUCAAAAUAAAAAAAACGUUAAAAAUCAGUUCUGAAAGUGAACAGAAUUUCUGAAUCGUCUUAAAAAUUUAAUUUUAAAAUUUUCCACAAUUUCUCAUUUUGAGUGCCGAUUGCGCUCGACAAACAUGGCGUGCUGGAGGCGCUUCGAACUUUGCCAAAUUCAAAGGAAUGUACAGCGGAUCAGGUGUCAACAUUCUUCUCAUCACCCCAGAAAAAGCCAUCAAACUCGUCGCCAACGAUUUCUUCCGUCAUAAAUUAGCCAAAGAUGGUGAAAAACAAUUGUCAGUUGGUCGUGGAAUGUUGGCUGGCGGUUUGGCUGGAAUGUUCCAAAUCACCGUGACAACACCUAUGGAACUUUUGAAGAUUCAGAUGCAAGAUCAAGGAAGAACUUUGCGUAAGUAGAUCUAUCGGGGAAAAUGGAAACACUAAAUGUAAGAUUUUCAGAACCUGGUCAAAAGAAACUGUCAGCCACUGAACUCACAAUGAAAAUUAUCAAAGAAAACGGAAUCGCUGGAUUGUACAAGGGAUUGAGCUCAACACUGGCCAGAGAUGUCACAUUUUCAGUCAUCUAUUUUCCACUUUUCGCAUAUUUGGAUUCUCUUGCACCAAGAAAAUCAGAUGGAAGUGGAGAUGCUGUAUUCUAUGGAAGUUUCUUGGCUGGUUUAGUUUCGGGAGCCUCUUCAAGUUUCACUGUCACACCUUUGGAUGUUAUAAAAACUCGAAUGCAGACAAUUAAUAAGGGAGCUAAUGAAGUUGUAUAUAAGAAUAUUCCAGACGCGUUUGUGUGAGUUUUUCUCUGCGAUUCUAGAUUUGAAAAAAAAACCCUCUGCAUUUUUCCAGCCAAAUUCUGAAAAACGAAGGACCACAAGCACUUUUCAAAGGCGCCGCCUGUCGUAUGAUGGUCAUGGCUCCACUCUUUGGUAUCGCUCAAACCGUCUACUACAUCGGAGUUGCCGAAUCAAUUUUAGGACUCAAAAAAUCAGCACACGUCUAG